CAGUUUCAGUCGAGCUACAGACUUAAAGCUAAAGCAAACUUCAACAAAAAUUCGUGCAAUAUUUUUUGUCUUGUAAAUAAAUUUAAAUUGACCGCAGAGCCAACAUGUUUCGCUUGACUUCCAGUUUCAAGAGAUUUAGCGAUAUUUUCGUGACCGCUCAACGUGCCAAAUGCAAUAAGAAGGAGGAUCCCUGCAAGAAGAAAGAGGACCCGUGCAAGAAGAAGGAUCCUUGCGCGAAGAAAGAGGACCCAUGCAAAAAGAAAGAGGACCCGUGCAAGAAGAAAGAUCCUUGCGCAAAGAAGGAGGACCCGUGCAAGAAGAAAGAUCCUUGCGCGAAGAAGGCGGACCCGUGCAAGAAGAAGGAAGAUCCGUGCGGCAAGAAAAACAAGGACGUAUGCGGACGAAAAAAACAGCCCAUGGGUCCCAAAUGCAAGGGGGGCAAGCCCGGAGCUGGAGGCAAAAAGUAAAACUGGAAAAAUCUAAAAAAAACUUCAAACAAAUCGGAGAGACGAAACUAGUGUCAUCUCAGAAGGCCAAGCGAAACAAACUUACAUUUCCGAAAUCGAAAAAAAAUUAGCAGUAACACAAAAAUUCAAGCUCGGCUCUCCUCGUUGAGGCAUCGUGUGUCCAAUGGACAUGGCAUUGGUCUCUUCAGCAAGCUCUUGAACAAGAGCAAGGGGUUUCAGGAUGAAAAGGAUGAAAAUACCAAUGUGUUUGAAGACAAGGAACCCAAACGAUAGAAGCAGAGAGAAAACCGUUUCCCCCGAAAAGCCGAAGAAGAUGUCCGAAGAAUGGAUUGCCAUACUGUUGCCGGGGCCCCGUUUAACAGCAAGAUCAUAAAACGGAACGCGCACAGACAUUAUAAAGCCAUAAAGCAACAACUAAAAUCACAGCAAAAAUAGCCCAAAACCGGCGGGGAGGGAGCAGGCACUACAUAGACAAGUGAUAAAACUGAAUUUCCAUGGGCAGUUUACGAUGUCUCUAACUCUACGCCGACCUACCAUACGAGAGUCCCAGAGGCCGAGCCCCACCAAGUCGAAGCGGAGAAUCAUCAAAAUUUAAAGUGAACAAUAUUGAGAAAUACAGAAGCUCAUUUUGGGAAAAUGA